UCGGGAUGCGGAUUGUUAUUCUUCUUCUGUCCCGCCUGCCAGAUCGGUCUGAUUUGGCCUACGUGGAUCUCUCUCGCAUUCACCAUUCCUCUCAUCGCCAUUGCAGCUCUGCUGGUGAUGCGAAGUGGCAGACUGGCCAAGUGGCCCAUGGCCGCGAUCCUAGUGUGCACCAUCUGCGUGACCAUUCUGUGCAUCCUCGGCGCAGCUCUCUACACUGCACGAGACCCCACCGAAUUUUCAGGCUUUGCAGACGACGGCGAUUGCUACACUUAUCCCUUUACCUUUGGCUUUAGCGGAAGCGGAUGCUACCGAGGAUCUUCCUCCUCCACCGUCAACAGGAUCAAUGAUUCAGAGGUGGAGGAUGUGAAGAGCAGAGCUAUCGCUACCCUCGCUCUAGCCUGGCUCAGCGCUGGUCUGGCAAUCAUCACUACAAUCAAUAGCAUCUUUUUGGUUCUGAGGGCAAAGAGGGACAGAGCAGCUCAAUUGGCUGCCAACAAUGCUAGCUACAAUCACUACUAUGCUCCUCCUCCUGCCCCUGCUCAAUCAGCUUACGAGACGUACGGUCAACCGCCCAUGGCUCAGACUGGCGCUCCUCCUUAUACCGGCGGCAACCAGUACGCUGCACCCCCGACCACUGCGGUCAUUUGAAUCGCGCCCUGAGAUCAAGGUACACGCCUGUAACGCUAUAACACCCUUUUCGAUGCGAAAUGAUACCUUGUGACCCGUUGAGCGGUCUGAAGUGAC